GAAAAGUGAAAUACGAGAAACUGUAAAUCGACCGAUCGACUUAAAAUAAGAAAAAAAAAAGAAAAGAAUAAGAAAAUAUACGAAAAGGAGAGGUAUCCGAAGAUAGGAGGAAAGAAUGGAAAGGAAGAAAAUAAGAAAAGAAAGAAAUGGAAGAAAAUCAGCCCGUCGCGUGACACGCGCCGAUAGGUGUCAAACGUGUGGCAGACAGACAGUUGACAUGACAUGAGAGAGGAGCAUCGGGACGCGGCCGUCGGGACGUGGUGGUCGGGUGCCGUGGCCCGGCAUCCUGUGGGAUAUUGCGCAAGCGGGAUAUUUCGCAGCUGCGCUCUUCGUACUUUGUCAAACGCUCGAAGAUCUGGCCGUUUCCCCACUCGCAUCAUCGUGCCGUUGAUUCAACGGACACGUUGAACACCCUCCGUUGCACGUCGAUUGGUGCGACUAUGGAUUAGUAGGGUGACGUUGACGGUGAUAGGUCGGUGAAGAUGGAACAGGCGUGGCAAACGCAAUACGGAGUAGGGAGUGUUUGAACAAGUUGGGCAGACUGAAGAGUAGCGGAGUACACUCGCUAGUCGACCUCCAUCCACACGGCACACAGAGAGACAGAGAGACAGGGAAAUAACGAGACUGGUGAAUGAGGGAGAGUGGAGGUGAGGCGGUUCGUGCACACAGAACCCCGCUCAAACAACGUCGAUCGCUGCUCGUCGUGUGUUCUCAGCUCGUGCUUGGUGCUGACCGUGCGCGACCAGCCCGCGCGUACAAUUUCAUACCGUGCGUUAUUCGCAACGUGUUGACCAAGUGAUCGAGCGAUCGUAAACUUUUCGGACAUAUCGAAGCUCGUUUGCGGUGUACUUUAAAGGAUUCUCGGUGUUGGAGGAAAGAAGAUACUAUAUCUAAGAAGAUCGUGGAAUUUCUUCCGAAGAUUCUGUGAAUUUUUUCAAAUUGCUGGAGUGCGCGAAUUGUGUUUUAAACGUCGUAUCACGCAAGUUGCAGAAGCCAUAGAAAACGAAGGUGAAGUUUCUGUUUGUCGACGUACGAAUCAGAUUGUCGUGGACAGUGAAAAAUAUCAGUGAUAUCGACACAUGUAACUCGAUGAUAAUCAGAGUCGUAUGAAGGAUAUAAAGGAUCGUGAGUAAUUGAAAUAGCCGUGUGUUGACGAGCAGUGUCAAGCAUUUUCGUCACCGAGGAGAAGAUUCGGGAACCGUCGCAUUACCAACACCAGCCGUGGUACCGCGGUUUUCAUGAUUCUCGUUUGACAAGCAGACAGCAGCCCGCCACUCCGGCACCGGUUAGCUCUAUGACCAUGCUCCAGUCGCAGAAGCUGUACAGCGAUGCUGGUAGCCUCGGCGGCGCGAUGACCAGCGCCGCGAUGUCCACGAUGGGCAGCAUGGCGCCGACGUACAGCUCGAUCAACUCGGUAGGAUGUAUGCCUAUGGGUAUGUCAAUGGGUGUCGGUGUUGGACCAAGUUGCAGUCCUCAGGGUGCCGGCGGUUUCAACAUGAGCACCAUGAGUUCGGCAAUGGGGAUGGCAUCGAUGGGCGGUGGUGCUAUGGGUGGUUACGGGAGUGCCUCGAUGGGAGGCGGUGGCGCGUGUAUGAGCGCCGUCGGCUAUGGUCCUCUAACGCCAGGCGGCGGCGCCGGUGUUACCAGGGAUCCUCUUUCCCUUACCGAACCGGAUUCGCCAAAUUCCGCUUUGCAACGCGCCAGAACCGACAAGUCUUACCGCAGAAGUUACACCCACGCGAAACCGCCCUAUUCCUACAUCAGCCUGAUCACAAUGGCUAUCCAGAACGCGCCCAGCAAGAUGCUCACCUUGUCGGAGAUUUAUCAGUUUAUCAUGGACCUAUUCCCGUUCUAUAGACAAAAUCAGCAACGCUGGCAGAAUUCCAUCAGGCAUUCGCUCAGCUUCAACGAUUGUUUCGUGAAAGUGGCGCGAACUCCGGACAAGCCUGGCAAGGGUUCCUUUUGGACCUUGCACCCGGAGAGUGGAAACAUGUUCGAGAACGGAUGCUAUUUACGUCGACAGAAGAGGUUUAAAGACGAAAAGAAAGAAUUAACCAGACAAAACAACAAGCAUCAACAGCAUCAUACCGGAGCCGCAGCAGCCGCUGCCGCGGCAGCCGCCGCCGCCGCCGCCGGACACAACAGUCCGACCUCCCACGAGUUGGCUCAUGCAGCUAAAAAGACAACGUCUUCUCUCCAUCACGGGCCCCAGCAACAGGACGACAAGGAUCUUCAUUCCCUGGUGUCCUCGCAUCAUCAUCACCACGCGGCCAGUCUCCAUCAACACCACGCGUUAAAAAGCGACGCAACGGACAUAGGCGGCCUCCUAGGACCCGAACUAGGCGCUGCUCACGACGAAUUGACCGCCAUGGUUAGUAGAAGUCUUCAUCCUCAUUUGAUCUCCGAACCCACGGCUCUGCACCAUGGAAUGACCGGUACUUUGAAACAGGAGCCACCAUAUACAGCUGCUAGUCAUCCUUUUAGCAUCACCAGGCUACUGCCGGGCGCGACGGCGGGUACUUCGCCAGGCGCGCAAGACAUCAAGCCACCGGAGAUGAAAAUGUACGAGUUGCAUCAGAGCUACGCCAACUUCGGCUCGCCUCAUCAUCCUCACGCGCAUUCUGCGCCACCGAGUCAUCAUCAUCACAAUGGCAUGCACACGGGCUCGAACGCGGCUGGUCCUAUGCACAACAUGACCAAUCACCAUCACCAGGAGUAUUACCAGAGUCCGCUGUACCAUCACGCGACCAGCGUGGCUAGUAGCAGCGCGCCCCCGCCGUCCUCCGUCGCCACCGCGGCUCCGGGCUUGUGACACCACGCUACCCACCCCUACGCCCUGGCCUGAGUCGCUGCAGCCGCGGCAUACGCCGCCACCGCAGCCGCGAGCAAUCCCUCGACCACAGCGAACAUCGUUCUUCCUGCCCUCGAUCAGAAUCAUCAAACCCAUCAUCAUCAACCACCUUCCUCUUCCACCUCCUUGUCGUCCUCGUCAUCGUCUUCUUCGUCCUCGUCGUCGGCACCCUCGCAACCUGCGGCUGCCGUCUCACAGUCGGCGUCGUUGCGAGUCUCAGCGUCGAUACAACCAGCGCAACAAC